UCCAAGAUGGACGGGAAUAAGGAUGAAAGUAUACGGUGUGUCAACAUCGCACAAAAAUACAUCGCUGUUGGUGAAAAUGAGAAAGCUAUUAAAUUUCUGAACAAAGCCUUACGACUCUACCCACUUGAAAAAGCUAAAGUUCUGCUAAAUGAUUUACAAAACAAUGAUGGGAGUAGAGGGGGAGAACCCCCACCAAAGAAUGCAGAGGGCAUGCGUCAGAGACCAAGGGGUGGUUCUGAUCAGAAGGAAAAGGUAGAAAACAAAGAAAAUGAACCAGCUGACUACACACAAGAACAGCUCCAGCUAGUCAAAAGGAUAAAGAAAUGCAAGGACUACUACGAGAUCCUGGGAGUGAGUAAGGAGGCCACUGAGACAGAUCUGAAGAAAGCUUACAGAAAGCUGGCUUUGCAGAUGCACCCAGACAAAAACAAGGCCCCUGGAGCCACAGAAGCUUUCAAGGCCAUUGGCAAUGCAUUUAGUGUACUGAGUGACCCAUCUAAGAGGAAGAAGUAUGAUGUGUACGGUCCUGAAACAGACACCUCGCACAGCCACGCACACUCGGACUACUCACAUGGCGGCUACGAAGGUGACAUAUCACCCGAGGAGCUCUUCAACAUGUUCUUUGGCGGGGGAUUUCCUUCAUCAGGCACCACACACUACCGGCGGAAUCGACACGCACACCACACACACAACUUCUAUUCAAGGGACACACAGUCAGAGAGUGGCUACACCCUGUUCCUGCAACUGACGCCCAUCUUGUUGCUCAUCUUCCUCUCUAUCCUCAGCAGCUUCUUCGUCAGUGACCCUGUGUUCAGCAUGCACCGGACAGAUAAAUAUUCUGUAGAACGGAAAACAUACAAUCUAAAAAUCCCUUAUUAUGUAAAAGAGGAUUUCCGACCAGAAUAUAAAGGUGAGAUGCGUCGGAUAGAGAGAAAUGUGGAGGAAGAAUACAUAGGGCAACUACGAGGAAACUGUUGGCGGGAGCGGAGUUAUAAGGAAAAUCUGUUAUGGAAAGCACGUAAUUACGGAGAUGCCAAGUUGUAUCAGCGUGCCCAGGACUACCAGACCCCAUCUUGUGAUCAGCUUCAGAGGCUGUACUCUUGAUUGUGAGACAACCGGAUAGGAACCCCCGACAUCUCAACCUGGCAGGGUCAGCCUCCAACAUGGGGGCACACAUUGCCAUCCCUCAACACACAUCUAUGCUAUUAACGUUGCCAUGAACUUCAGGUGGAAUAUCGUGUGAGAUGACAGUUGCCUGUUGACAGUGAAAUGCCAAUACCUGCACUUUGCAGGCAUGAAUCUGUAUUUCCUCUCUCAUGAGGAUAUUGAGGUACUUGUUGGCCUGAUCUUCAUUCAAAUUUCUUCAAUUUUUAAGUUACGUAAGUAGACCUAUUUCGACUGUAAGUUUUGUUAAACAUCCUGAGUUGAUUUGUGGUGUUGCCGCAAUUGUAAAGAUUGUGGUGACAUGUAUUUAGUGCCUUUCUCCGGGAGGCACCAUCUUGUGUCAGUGGCCAGUGGAUAUUGUGUAGAUAGAGGGACUCCAACUUGGGUCAUCAUGUGGCAAGACAGUGAUUUAUCUGGACCUGUUUUGAGGCUGAUAUUCAGCCUAUGUCUGAAGCUAAUGUCAGUCAGAUGACAGUGUGACAGCUGGGUUCAACAGGAUGUUAUGCUGAAUCGAACAUUAGGGCAUUAAUGUAAUGUUAAAAAUACCCCUGAAAUUGAGAAAGUACAACCUUUAAAUAAUUCACAUUUUCUAACAGAAUUUCCGUUUUUCCCAAAUUUGCCCGCAAAGGUACUUCAUUUGGAAUUGUCUAUAGUCUAUUGCAUCACCGUCUAUGAAAGGCUUUGUUUAUACCGGCAGAUAGAUAAAGCUUAUGACUGUUAUUAGCAUAUUAUUCUUGGGUGCACACAAUACUCCAGAAAAAAACAUACUUGGAAAAAUACACAUCUCAAUACCCGUGUUAAACACAAAUUCAGGACACCAACUAUGGUUUACAUCCACCUUUUCCUCAUCUCACUUUGACAAGUUGUUUGUGUAAAAUAUCUAGAUGUAGGGAGAAAACAGGUCAGUCUUUUGGAUGUUCCUGAUUCUCAAGACUAGUGACCAUGUCUAAUCCUGACAUUCACUUAAUUGUUUGUUAUUGUUUUCUUUCAUGAAAUGGUUUGACAAUGGCAUGGUGGUGCUGCAAAGCAAGAAGACUUACAUGAGAAAUAUGCAUGACAACCCAGCUGUUUUUAAUUAAUUGUUGGAUUCAGUCACUUCAUCCAUUAAAGGGGCGGUCGGGUAGCCUAGUGGUUAAAGCGUUGGCUCGUCUCGCUGAAAACACGGGUUCGAUUCCCGACAUGGUUACAAUGUGUGAAGCCUAUUUCUGGUGUCUCCCGUCGUGAUAUUGCUGGAAUAUUGCUAAAAGCGGUGUUAAACCAUACUCACUCACUCAUCCAUUAAAAGUUAUAAACAACAGUGGGAGAGUCCAAGCCUUCAUUAUCCUUGUCCUACUACAGGUUGUCAGGAAGCAGUUGUUACAUCAGGGUCUCCUGAUUUUUUAUUGGUUUUAAUUUUAAAUGACACCUUUCUAUUAAGAUGUUGUUUGUACAAUUAGAAUGACAUCGUGAUUUAUCCGUCAUUGCUUCCUCAUCCCUGUUGUGUGAGAGACGGGCCCUACAAGGGGGCGAUGGCAGUGGUCAUGGUGAUACCUCAUUCUCCACUCUGUCCUGCCAGGUUGGGCCACCCUGAACAGGCCAAAACAAGUUAUAACCAACUUUUGAUGUCUUGAAUCACACUUGGAGUAAAUUGAUAAUGUGAACUAGGUCAUAUUUGUGCCACUGAUAUUCUUGGCUGCCAUCUGUUCAAAGUAAUUGGGAAAGAUGUUAAGCUUGAUCUUAGAUUUUAAAAACUUACAAAUCUACUGAAUGAAGAUACCAGCUCCUCAAUCACUAUGGUGCAUUUCAAUAGGAACUGCAGUUUUAACUGUCUAAGGUCAGUGUGGUUUUAGAAUUGUAAAAUAUGAAGAAAAAAAUCAUUUUUAUAAGAUUUUGAGGGAAACUGCAGGCGUUUUUGUGGCACCCACAUCAUUUGUUGGGGAGGUAGUCAUGAGAUGGUACUAGUAUUCCCCAAUGUCACAUUUGGUUGAGAUAGUUGUUACUCCGAUGACAUAAAUGGCUAUGACGCCUCAAGCACGGAGUGGAACGCCCAAUUACUUUCAUGAUUUGUAAGCAUGAAACCAAAUCUUGGCAAAUUCUUAGCUUGCUUUGGCCUGGUGUUUUUAUUUAUCUUGAUGUAUAUACAAUACAUGUUUAUUAUGUAAAUACUAUCAAGAAUGUACAGGUUAGAUUGUACAUGUAAAUGUUGUGUUAAACGACACAAUUUUAUGGCAUCACUUCAUUUCAAUCGAUUUUCUAUCAACAGCACAAUACGUGUCACUUAUUUCUUUACUGUGAGGGUGAAAAAGAAUUGACUUAUAUUCAAGCUUGUAUGUGUACUGAUUAUUUGUAUUAGACAUCUGUAAAUAGAUUCAUUUUAUAUAGAGUGAUGAAAACUGUCCAUGAGAUGGUGGAUCACGGGGAUCAUUACUCUGUCCAUGUGAAUGUUUGUGUGACUGUGUUUCCUGUGUGGGAGUCAGGCAAUAAUAUAUGUAUAUGUAGACCAGAUGCUGCUUUUGAAUUCUUGUUUAUUUAUUCAAGCUGUAAAAUGUAUUUUUCAUCAAUAACCAGAUAUGUUUUCUUAUUUCCUAGAUCUUAAGUAUUUUGAUAAAGGUUGAACAAAAAAGACCCCCAAAAUACAUUUUGUGAAUUUUGUCGCCCAAAAACAUUUUGGAAAUGUUCACUGAACAGAAAUGUGAAAAAACAAGAAUUAACAUGAUGUACUUUGAUUUUUGUUAGUCGUAUUAAUCAUUCUGGUGUUGAUGAUGACUCAAUGUGUCAUUAAAAACUGAUCUUUCACUGUGUUAUGAUACCUCUCUGCAUGAAGAUUGGACAAACCCUCCACAGAAACUGACAUCAGGUGAACUUUGUAAUCAGCCAAUCACCAUUGAGGCUUCUAAAUUCUUGGUGAGGGAACAAAGCUUUCAGACCAGGAUAUAUGAUUUUUGUAUCUUGAAAAUGAACUUAAAUGAUCAGUUCUAAAUGCAACUAAUUAAGUCAACUGUCAUUUCUGACCACCAUGACAUCUACACCCAAAAGGGAGUACUAUUGACAGAAUAUUUGUGUUCUAUGUGGUUUUGAUCGAAAUUUCCAAAUUGAGGUGGUUAAGAUAUGAAGCCAAAUGAUUUUAUAUAGCUGGCUUCAGAUCAGCUCAAGAUUCCAUGCAUACUUCUGGGCGGUCGGGUAGCCAAGUGAUUAAAGAGUUCG